GCCCCGCCGCCGCCAUCUUUAUUAGGGGCAGCCGGGCCUGGUGUCUGGAGAUGCCAAAGUCGUGCGCGGCCCGGCAGUGCUGCAACCGCUACAGCAAUCGCAGGAAGCAGCUCACCUUCCACCGGUUCCCGUUCAGCCGCCCAGAGCUGCUGAAGGAAUGGGUGCUGAACAUCGGCCGGGGCGACUUCGAGCCCAAGCAGCACACGGUCAUCUGCUCCGAGCACUUCCGGCCCGAGUGCUUCAGUGCCUUUGGGAACCGCAAGAACCUGAAGCACAACGCGGUGCCCACGGUGUUCGCCUUCCAGGGCCCCCCACAGCUGGUGAGGGAGAACACAGACCCUGCCGGCCCGAGUGGAGAUGCUGCCUCUGAGAAGGGAAAGGUCCUCCCUGAGACGGGGGCCGGGGAGGGUGGCCCAGGGAGGAAGGUGGACACGACGCUCGAAGCGCCGCAGCUGCCCCCGGACGCUGGAGGCCCCGGAGCACAGGUGAGGCCGGGCCAGGUGCGAAGGCAGCGCAUGGCUGGUCUCGGCUCGAGGGGAUUUGCUUCAAACAGAAGGAAGAAAAUGUGCCUGAACCAGAGCACCACGACGUGUAGCCUGGAUUCAGACCUCACCCGUGAACUUAGCUGCGACUGGGCAGCUCUGGGCUUCGGGAGGGCUUGGGGAAGUGCGUCCUGCCGCCCUGGCCGCUGCUUGUCUCUCACUGACCUCUGUCCUCAGGUCCCGCUACACAGACCGGAAGCCACUGGGGUCCCUGGUCAGCUGGCCAGCCCCACGCAGCCGUCCGAUCACAGCUAUGCCCUUUUGGACUUAGACGCUCUGAAAAAAAAACUCUUCCUGACGCUAAAGGAAAAUGAAAAGCUCCGCAGGCGCCUGAAGGCCCAGAGGAUGGUGAUGAGGAAGAUGUCCAGUCGCCUGCGUGCCUGUGGCGUGGGGCAGCCGGGACUCCAGGCCAGGCUGUGGCCGGGGCAGCGGAGCUGAGCCCGCCAGAUGGGCCUUCUCCGCGGAGCCGCCGGGAGGAGGGGCAGUGGUCUCGGGGCCCCCGUGGGCGGACCUUUCAGUCCUGCCCUGACAUUCGCUGGGCUCCACCUAUUGUGAACGGUAGUGGCCUCAGGCUGGGAGGGGCGGGGCCGUGAGCACAAGCUGGGCGAGCAUCCUUGGAACCAACAGCCCGAGGAGCCACCCUGGGCCAGUGUGGCUGACCCUCCCCAAAGGGGAGGAAACGCGUUUCCUUGAGGGGCAGCUGGGCCCAGGGGGGCCGUAGGGCGCUGGCACUCUCCAAGGCAGCGAGUGGCCCCCUGUCGCCUGGACGGCCGGCUCUCUAAGUGGCUGAGGCUGGCUUCUGUCCUGGGAGCGCCGCCUUGCCCCGCCAGGUGUGAGUGAGCAACGUAAUAAAGUGUCUUUCUACACCGCG